AUGUUUGCCCGCGCAGGUUCAUUGCUGUGGGCACUGAAGCAGCCGCGCCUGGACAUACACUUAUUUGACGCACACUUUGAUAGGCUGGUCGUUUCGCAGACACCAGGAUCACCAGCUACCUACAGCAAAUUCCUGGAAACUGCUACAGAGACAAGGGACGAACAAGAAGUUCUGAAGAUGUUUGAAACAGCGCAACUUUGGCACUGGCGAGCGCAUCGAGCAGCGUUAGAGGCCGCAGUUGGUCUCCCUCCUCCUUCACCCACCGAACUGGAAUCUAUUGAUGGUCAACCUGAGCAGUACGUGCCUAUGGCAGUAGAAGAUUUGCCGGAUAUCAUGGAAGCUCUCGCCACGCACGGUGACACAGCCAAAACGAUCCCUCUUCUACAAAAUGAUUUCUGUGCUAGGGGCAAACCGUAUCGUGACUUGCCUCCGGAAAUUCACGCAUCACUAUCGGGCAUUGCACAAUCUCGGCUAUACAGUCUUGGGUGGGUCUUAGGUGUUUACGAUGAUUGGCAGGAUUGA